UUAAAAUGCAAAUAGUAAGAUUCCUGGGAAGUAGAUAUUAAUAACCCCAUUUUACAAAGAAACCUAAGGCUCGCAGGGGUAGAGACGUACCCAAGGGCACACAGCCCAUCAGUGGUUGCUGGGAGCCAGAAUCCAGACUUUCAAACACCUACACUGGUGCCACAGAGCUGAGAGAUGAGACCCUCGGAAAUGUAUCCGUCACUCACACCUCAGAGUAAACCAGUUUCCCAUCUCUUCCUGAGCACAGACUUUGGGGAUGGGUGGGGGAGGGAAGGAAGGUUAUCAGGAGGUCACUGGAGGAUUUGAGCAUUUGGGAAGGUGGCGAGCAACCGUGCCCACCUCCCCCUUUGGUCCCAGCCUGUUCUCAGCCCAGAGGUGAUGUCGCAGUGGGAGUCCCGGGCAUGCUGUGAGGCCUGGCCUUUCUCCCAAAGGGCUUGGCCCAUCUGAGGGCCUGAACCCCUCCUGGCGGCCCCAGCUGGGGCUCUGCAGGGACUGUCUUGGCCGGGACCCUCCCGGCGGCCGGCCUAAGCCGCCUCCCCUCCCUUAUUCUCCUUCUUCCUACCACGGCUUCCCUGGCCUGAGGGCCCUGCUCUGGGCUCUGACUGCAGGCCGACUCUAAGGAGGGUCCAGUGGUGGGUGGGGAGGACGGAGAGGAGACCUGGCCACUGAGGCUGGGACUCUGGGGUUGGGCUGGCUCUGCUACCUGUGUCUGAGUGAGGCUCAGGGCAUGAGCCUCGGGGAUCCCCACUGCUGCACGAGGCGGGUGGGUGGCCCUGACUGGGUUCACCGGGCCUCUUCACUCUGGCGGUUCCUCCUACUGUCUCACUCAGAUCCGGCCUCUUACAGCAGGAGCUGCCCCCCUGUAGUUCCGACCUGGGAGGGGGCCAGUUGGGAGUAUAUGUGGGGACACGUGUCCCUGUGACUUGCCUGUCCCUGUCUAGUCCUGAGCUCUCCCCUCCUGACUCUGAGCUCUGGGCUGGCCCCUGGCUUGAUCCCCAUGGGUGGACAGGAGAGCAGCUGUAGGUAAUGCAGGGCUACCAGCCUCACUGCCUUGUUGACCAUCAGGUCUGGCAGCAGGACAGACAAGGAGACUGAGGCUCAGGGAGGGACAUGACUCACCCACCACCACACAGGCCUUUGCACCCACCAGUGUGGCCAUCCCCUGACUCACAGGGCCAGGUCCUGCUGGAGACACAUGCCAAGGAGAGCCAGCUGGGGGCAGAGUCUGCUCUUACCGGCAGCAGCACGAACCCUCUAAGGCUGGGUGCAGGGUCUCCCAUUCUCUGCUGACCUCAGCACAAACCCACUCACAGACUGGUACCAAACAUGCCCACAGUCCUCAGGAAACACAUGCGUUCGUCAGUGGCACCCCACUCACCUCACGGGAGGCAGCCCACCCACCUUGUGGCUGUGGGUACCCACAUAGGCCUAUGCCAGUCCCUAGGCCACAUGCCUUAGCCUUGAGCCCACAGAUGGCUAAAGUACUUGCACACCUAUGUGAAUCUGUUCAUGUCCUGGCGGGUGCUCUGAGACGUGUUCCGAUAGACACAGACACUCCCCUGUGUGUACGCCCGGCAACCUCUGAACCUGCCACAUGCUGAUGGCACCUGCUGCUGAGACUGAAUCCAGGAGGUCAAACUACAGCUGAGGCAUCCUUCAUGACUCAUUGCCUUCCUCAUCAGUGGUGGGGAUAAGGGGUGGGAGCGCUAGCGCUGGCCUUUGCACCCAGCCCAGGCUGGACUGUGCCCGGAUGCUGGGUUGGUGUUGCAGGGGGAAGCCUUUGGGGGUAAAACAUGGCUAACGCUUGGCAAGCACUCGCUAUGUGCCAGGCACUGUUCCCAGCAUCACACAGAUUAUCUCAUGGAGCCCUCACAGCCCAGGAAGCAGGUACUAUUCUCUGCCGCAUGGAGGCAGCUAAGGCUCAGAGAAGUUAAGAGACUUGCCCAAGGGCACACAGACAGUAAGUGGGCAGCCCAGACACAAAUCCAAGGAGUCUGACUCCAGAAUCUGAACCCCUAACAACACUGUGAGAUGCUACAGGUUGCUCCAGAGAGGUGUAGCUCCCUGACACGGGGGGUGACCAUGGGCACUGCAGGGGAGUGGGACCCUGCAGAAGGAAUGCAAGCAUCAGAAAGCCCUUCAGCUGUUUUCAAAGCCACGGACCUCACGUGCCUUCUGGUAUAUGAAAAAGUGAGACAUGUAAGUCAGGGCUGGCAACAGUGGUCUAAUCUGAUGGCAGGAGCCAGGAGCCUGCCUGUGUGCCGGGCACUCCCCUCAUGGAGGGGAGCAGAUAGUGGAGUCGGGUGGGUGGACAUCGUCCCAUAGCACUAGGGUGGUGAGGUCCCACCGAGGGGCCCAAGCUGGCAGGCUGUGCCAUCUGCUUGGUGGAUGUCCUUCUGUGACUGUGUGCGUGUUCAUUUGUAGAGAAUGUUAGAAGUCCAAGCAGAAGGCCUUCUGGGCACUACCACCAUCUCUCCGUCCAGCCGUGGGUGGUCCCCUGAGAGCCUCAGGUCCUGCGCCUCAUCAGAAGGUGACUGCUCCUGCCCCGGGAGUGUGGCUUGGGGGACGGUGGGUAGGACCAGGCCGGCCCCGCCUGACACCCCCAGAGGGCUGGGGCCAACCACCACUCUUACUGGAGGGGUAAGCACUCUACUGCACUGCCUGCUUUGGUCCAAGUCAGGAAAACAACAUUAUCACUGAUGCCAGCAGCAUUGUUCAGUGCCUCCUCUGUGACAGGCCCUAUACUGCUCCUUUCAUAAGCAACAUCCCAUUUAAAAUACCCAACAAGGCCAUUUUUCAAAGGAGAAAUUGAGAUUCAAGCUAGGCCAAGCUGAAUCCCUAGACCGAGGUAGCACAGCCUGGCAAUGCUCACUUACAAUUAACCCCUUCAAUGCAGGGCCCUGCCCAUCUGCCCACCCGCCCAAAGGCUGCAAGGGCCUCCUCUUCUGGGUGCAUCUUGAUGAGAGCCCCGGAUUUUAGCUCACUGCCCCCACCUGUGGCUCUGGGCGUCCCAGACCAGGGUCUGGUGCUCUGAGAUGAAGUUGGGGGUCUGUGUGUGUGGGGGGAGGACUGUCUCCCCUGUGCCAGAUAGAGGAGGUGUGAACUCUGCCCCCCCCACCUCCCCCACACCUGGUACAGACCAAGAGGUGCCAGCAGGGCCUCUGGGGCAUCAGUCUGGGGCUCCGGAGUCCCCUAGGCCUCUUUUCUCCCAGCUUGCGGCUGCCCCGCCCUCCCUUCAGUACUGGGUGGGGCACAAGCUCAGAAUAGCUGCUUCCCAAGCCCCAGUCUGCUGUCAGCUUCCACGUUGUCUUCGAGUCAUGAAAGUCCAAGAGGUGUCCCGGGACUGUGUCACCUUCCAGCGUGGAGUCACACUGCAAAGGGAGGUGGGGCGGGCAGCCUCGCAGGGGGUUUAAAUGUCUGUCUGACUCUGAACUUGAGUCAGUUGGAUAGACAGGGGCACAGCCUGAGAACCUCUUCUCCGGCCCCUCUGAUUCCAAGAAGGAUCCAAGGAUUCAGGGCAGCAUAACAUUCUUCCAGCCCAACAAGGAGCCCAGAAUGUUCCUGAGGACUGUGGUCCUGACGCUGGCCCUCGUGGCUGUCACCAGUGCUGAACCUGAGGUCAGUGCUGACCAGGUGGCCACUGUGGUGUGGGACUACUUCAGCCAGCUGAGUAACAAUGCCAAGGAGGCUGUGGAGCACCUCCAGAAGUCGGAGCUCACCCAACAGCUCAACGCCCUCUUCCAGGACAAAGUUGGAGAGGUGAACGCCUACACCGAAGGCCUGCAGAAGCAGCUGGUGCCCUUCGCCACAGAGCUGCACGAACGCCUGGCCAGGGAUUCGGAGAAGCUGAAGGAGGAGAUUGGCAAGGAGCUGGAGGAGCUGCGGGCUCGGCUGCUGCCCCACGCCAACGAGGUGAGCCAGCAGAUCGGGGACAACGUGCGUGAGCUGAAGCAGCGCCUGGGGCCCUACGCGGACGAGCUGCGCGCCCAGGUCAACACGCAGGCCGAGCAGCUGCGGCGCCGGCUGAGCCCCUACGCGCAGCGCAUGGAGACCGUGGUGCGCGAGAACGUGGGCUCCCUGCAGGCCUCCCUGACGCCCUACGCCGACGAGCUCAAGGCCCAGAUCGACCAGAACGUGGAGGAGCUCAAGAAGCAGCUCACACCCUACGCUGAGGAGCUCAAGGUGAAGAUCGACCAGAACGUGGAGGAGCUGCGCCGCGGCCUGGCGCCCUACGCGAAGGACGUCCAGGAGAAGCUCAACCACCAGCUCGAGGGCCUGGCCUUCCAGAUGAAGAAGAACGCCGAGCAGCUGAAGGCCAGCAUCGCCGGCCGUGCCGACGAGCUGCGGCAGAGGCUGGUGCCCGUGGCGGAGGAGGUGCGCCACAAGCUGAAGGGCAACACCGAGGGGCUGCAGAGGUCGCUGGCCGAGCUGAGCGGCCACCUGGACCAGCAGUUGGAGGAGUUCCGCCGCAGCGUGGGGCCCUACGGCGAGACCUUCAACAGGGCCUUGGUGCAGCAGGUGGAGGAGCUCAGGCAGAAGCUGGGCCCCUACGCGGGGGACGUGGAGAGCCACCUGAGCUUCCUGGAGAAGGAUAUGAGGGACAAGGUCAACUCCUUCUUCAGCGCCCUCCAGGAGAAAGAGGGCCAAGACAAGCCCGUUCCCGAGCUCCAGCAGCCUCCCACCCCCCAGGAGAGCUGAGCUGCCCCUGCAGCUCACGCCCCACCUUGGACACCUGCCCCACCCGGCCACCUGUCGGUCUGUCGGUCCCAAAGCAGUUCUUGUACAAGCUUGAGGACGCAUGUCCAGUGGAAAGUGACACGACCUCUUGCUACUCAAUAAAGCUGAAGAACUAGCC